GCACGCGGAAGUACUAGUGAAACUUCACUGGUAAACAAACGUCAUCGACAAGAAUAGACACAGAAAAACGGAGAGCUAUGGCUACCAGCAGUAUUAUCGGUCUGAAGCCACAUUUCUAUGUGCAUGUGACUGAUUUAAACAAGAAUAUCACCUAUCUUGAAAUAGGCCCGACGACAGUCGUACUGAAGAACAAUGAGCAGUUGCAUCGAGGACCACUCCCCAUGAUUAAAGUCCCUCCUGGGCACUUCUGUGUCAUAGAGAAUCCUUGCAUAAACUAUGUACCUGGUCAGGUAUGCCAGAACCUUCUUGGUCAAAAACAGGUCAAGUUUCAUCAGGAGCCAUUUCCCCUGUUGCCAGGUGAGUCCCUAUUUGGGGCCCCUGACUAUCAGACGGGAAGGGCAGGAUACAUGUCUGCCAUGAAGCCCAUCCCCGUAGUCAAGGCCGACCACGCAAUCAGACUGAAAGCGGUGCUGGACUUUGAGGACGAGACAGGAAAACACCAAGCAGGUGACCAGUGGCAGCUGAAUGGUCCACUUAGUUAUAAACCUUGUCCUGAAGUGGAGAUUGAGAAGAUGGUGGAUCCAUUAGUAAUACUAACGGGGGAGGCACUGAAACUUCGUGCUACGCAGGACUUCAUAGACCGAAAUGGAGUGCAGCGGGUCACUGGCGAAGAAUGGAUGCAUUAUACUUCCGGAGCCUACCUGCCUGAUGUAUAUGAAGAGGUGUUGGGUGUUGAGAAAGAAAUCACAUUGACGCCAGAUAUAGGCUUGAGAUUACGAGCAACACAAUCCACUACUGACAGACAGGGCAUCAAAAGACUUGUAGGUGAGGAGUGGCUACUGACCGGUGAGGACAUUGACCAAUACUUGCCAGAGAUUGGAGUGGAGAUCGUCAGUAAGGAAAAGAGAGUGGUAGUUAAGAAGGGAGAGUACUGCGUCGUACAAGAUGUCGUAGAUAAAAACUUUAAACCACAUCUCGGCAAACGGGAACUAAGAACUGGCUGCUGCAGCUUCUUUCUUCAUCCAGGGGAAUCCCUGGAGAAGGGCAAAGUUCAAAGUGCAUACAUCCUGUCUGAGAAUGAGGCUGUGAUACUGCAGGCUGAGGAGGAGAUCGUGGAACUCAUUGGAAAAGGUAAAACUUUGAUGAGGAGUCCAGGAGACCGAUGGAUGAUCCGUGGGCCCCGCGACUAUACCCCUCCUCUACAUGUUGUUGUGGUCGCCAAAAGAGAGCAGAUACCUUUAAGUAAAAAUGAAGGCAUUUAUAUCCAGGACCGGAAGACAGGAAAGGUGAGAGCUGAAAUGGGACCGCAGUCGUACCUUCUGACAGAGAAUGAAGAGCUCUGGACCAAGGAGUUGCCAGGGGAUACAGAAACCCUCCUCAAACAAGGAGGUGGCUCAGGGUCGGGAGACAUCAGAAAGAUGGCGUACUUCGAGCAGUCUAUCGAUCCACAGAUGCUUAAGGGACGCACCAAAGGUCGUGUUGUGACAUUUCGUUGUCCUGGCAACACAGCUGUUCAGGUGUAUAAUUACCUGGAGAAGACUGCUCGUGUCGUGUUUGGACCUGACCUGGUCAUUCUCGGACCUCACGAAAACUUCAAUGUUCUCAGCCUCAGUGCUGGUAAACCUAAGAAGGAAGGUGCCAUGAAAUCUCUGUGUCUGAUGCUGGGGCCUGACUUUAUCACAGACAUCCUAGAGGUUGAGACAGCUGACCAUGCGCGACUGAAGAUCCAGCUCGCCUUCAACAACCAUUUUGAGUUUGAAAGAGGAAACAGAGAGAGUGAAAUGUCCAUUUUUUCUGUGCCUGAUUUUAUUGGCAAUGCAUGCCGACAAAUAGGAAGUCGUAUCCGAGGUGCUGUAGCUCAAGUCCAGUUUGACGAGUUCCAUCGUCACUCUGCCCUGGUCAUACAAACGGCAGUGUUUGGACGGGACGGCAUGGGUGGUCUGAAUUCCCGCCUCAAAUUUCCAAUGAACAACCUUGUCAUCAGCAGCAUAGAUAUUCAGAGUAUAGAGCCAGUCGACGUGAAAAUGAGGGACAGUCUGUCAAAAUCUGUACAACUAGCCAUUGAGAUAUCUACAAGCUCCAUUGAGGCCGCAGCAUCUCAUGAAGCUUCACGUAAUGAGCAGAUAGCACAAGGUCAACUCGAGCGUCAAAAACUUGACAAUGAAAAGUCUUCGGAACAGGAACGCACCAAGCUCCUCGAGCUCCAAGCCAUCGCAGCCGCUGUGGAGUCAACAGGUCAAGCCACGGCUGAGGCUCAAGCUCAGGCCGAGAGGAUGAUUAUCGAGUGUGAGAGUGAGAUUGAGGGUGCAAAAUUGAAAGCAAAAGCAGAAGAAAUAGAACACUAUGCAAAACAAGAAGCUGAAGAAAAGAUGAGGAAGCAGGAGUUGGCGUACAUACGGAGUCAGACAGAGUUGGAGGUACACAAGCUCAGAACUAUGGCUGGUAUAGAGGUUGAGAAGUUCCAGAAGAUGGUCAAUGUGAUAGGUGUAGACACUCUGUCUGCCAUAGCUACAUCUGGUCCGGAGACACAGGUGAAAAUGUUAAAAGCUCUAGGACUGAGCAGUACGCUCAUUACAGAUGGCAGUACCCCAGUAAAUCUGUUUAACACAGCCUCCGGGCUUAUUGGAGGAAUGAAUACACAGUAACUUAUUACUCAGGGGUGAAAGGUCAUCAUGUCAGUUGUAGCAAUAAUAGUAACCAUGGAUACGGUGUCACUACUGCCAAGGUCAGGACUUGGUCUUGUGUUAUAAUCACCAUGGCAACGAAAACUGUGUAUUUGCGAAUUAAUGGUGUUUCGCCCCUCAUUGUGUGCCUUGCACUGCGGAUUGUAUGCUUUCACAUUUACAGCUUUGAAAAUUCACCAGUUGGAUUUGCUUGUAACUUCUUCGUAGUGUUAACUACAAUUUAGUGUACGACAGUACUUGGGUUGUCAGAUGGUAGGUAAGGCCCAGUGUAUUGGUUGUUGGAGUGGUCCUACUGUGAUUAGUGCUUUAUGAUGGUACGUCUGAUAUUGAUGGCUAUGGACUACAAUUUGAAUCAAGUGAUAAUUCUUGUCAAAUAUUCUACAUAUUAUAUGAGGCCACACUCUACAAUCUACAUAAGUGACAACACUUAACAUAUGUGGCAACUUUCUACAUAUGUGUUAACAGUCUAUAUAUGUGGCAACACUCUACAUAUGUAACAACGUACUGUAUAUGUGGUAACAUUUUACAUAAGUGACAACAUUUUACAUAUAUGACAACAUUUUACAUAUGACAACAUUUUACAUAUGUGACAACAUUUUACAUAUAUGACAACAUUUUACAUAUGUGGCAACAUUUUACAUAUGUGACAACAUUUUACAUAUGUAAUAAGAUUCUACAUAUGAUACAAAACUCUACAUAUGUGGCAAUACUACAUAUGUGACAACACACUACAUAUGUGACAAUUCUACAUAUGUGACAACACACUGCAUAUGUGACAACACACUACAUAUGUGACAAUACUACAUAUGUGACAACACACUACAUAUGUGACAAUACUACAUAUGUGACAACACACUACAUAUGUGACAACACACUACAUAUGUGACAACACACUACAUAUGUGACAACACACUACAUAUGUGACAAUACUACAUAUGUGACAACACACUACAUAUGUGGCAAUACUACAUAUGUGACAACACACUACAUAUGUGACAACACACUACAUAUGGUAUCUGUUUUCCUUUGUAUUGUGCUGUUCACAUUAGUGCCUGCAAGACAAUAUCACAUAAAUUAUAAUGCUGAUCUUUUGUGCCUGCAAACAUAUUACAUUAUAUGUGAUAUAUACCUCAUUUUCAUUUCACCAACAUGGAUGAAACUGGAGAUACUCACACAUGUAUGCAUUAACUCGUGAAAACAAAGUUGUGAAAGAUGACUCCUUGGUGACUUCACGUGUAUACAACCUAUACAUGGGAGACUCGGAGUAUUGCAUGUGGACAAUUUGCUGAAAAAAUGUGAUUUGCUUGAAAAAUACCGAUAAUUUCACAUUUAAGAGUGUACCUUUGUGUGUUGUCCGAGGAUACAGAAUUAUAAACACUGUCAUUUACAUC